UAUUAAAAACAUCCUUGAGGAGACAGGGUAGGAAGCUGUCACCUUAACAGAUCAGCACACAUGCUGAACUAUUUCAAUUAAAAAGGAGAGAGACACCUGCUCAAAGUUCACAAAGAAAACUGGGCAAACAGGAUGAACAACGUGAUCUAAGACAGGAUCUGAGGGGAAAGACCUGAUAGGACAAUUCGUUUUUUUGAUUUUUUUAAAUGUGGAAAAAAUUUUCAUAUGUUUGCUGGGUUUUUCUCUGUAUGUAUUAUUGUAGGGUCUACCUUACAAUAUAAAGCACCUUGAGGCAUCUGUUGUUGGGAUUUGUGUUAUAUAAAUAAAACUGAAUGAAUUAAGAAUAGAGUGCGAUAGAAGUAGAAUCCCAAAGCAGCUUAAAUAGCUCUACAAUCUGAAAAUCUCCUGUGGUGUUCUGUUCUAGAGCAAAGCUGCAGCAGGCCGUAGAGGAGUGUGCUGAUGGAUUCGCCAAACCAAGCAGCUUGCUCAGCAGAGAAGGAGCUUGCCAGAAUGCGAACACAGUUUGUGGAGAGGGUGACAGCAGAAAAUCUCACACAGCUACUUGAAGCCCUUGUAACAGACAAUGUCUUGAAUCAGUUGGAGAAAGAAAGGAUACAGGAAAUAAACCAAACUAGAGCAAACAAGGCACGCGACUUCAUUGACAUCGUGAAGAAAAAGGGAGAAAAAGCCUGCAGGAUAAUGAUCAGUCACCUUCGAACCAUUGAUCCUACAGUUUACUGUCAGCUAGGUUUGUCCUCUGGGCCAUCUGUUCAUUUAGGAUUCUCCAGCAUGUGUCAGAAUAAAAUUAAAUCUAACCUGAAGAAGUUCCAGUGUGUGUUUGAGGGAAUUGCUAAAGCCGGAAAUCCAACCCUUCUGAAUCAGAUCUACACAGAGCUCUACAUCACAGAGGGAGGGACUGCAGAGGUCAAUCAAGAACAUGAGGUCAGACAAAUUGAAACAGCAUCAAGAAAACCACACAGACCAGAAACAAUAAGAUUAGAAGACAUCUUUAAAGGCCCACCUGGAAAAGAACAACCAGUCAGAAAAGUACUAACUAUGGGAGGGGCUGGCUUUGGGAAAACUUUGUUAACACAGAAGUUCACUCUGGACUGGGCUGAAGACAAAACCAACCAGGACAUCCAGUUCAUAUUUCCAUUCCCUUUCAGAGAGCUGAAUGUGCUGAAGGAGAAAAAGUUCAGCUUGGUGGAACUUAUUCAUCGCUUCUUUAUUGAAACCAAAGAAGCAGGAAUCUGCAGCUUUGAAGACUUCCAGGUUGUGUUCAUCUUUGAUGGUCUGGAUGAGUGUCGACUUCCUCUAGACUUCCACAAUACAGAAAUCCUGACUGACCCCAGAGAGUCCACUUCUGUGGUUUUGCUACUAACAAACCUCAUCAAGAGCAACCUGCUUCCCUCUGCUCACCUCUGGAUAACCACACGACCUGCAGCAGCCAAUCAGAUCCCUUCUGACUGUGUUGACAUGGUGACAGAAAUCAGAGGGUUCACUGACCCACAGAAGGAGGAAUACUUCAAGAAGAGAUUCGCUAAUGAGAAGCGGUCCAGGAGCAUCAUCUCUCACAUCAAGACAUCACAAAGCCUCCACAUUAUGUGCCACAUCCCAGUCUUCUGCUGGAUCACUGCUACAGUUCUGGAGCACAUGUUGAGAACCACAGAGGUGAGAAAGCUACCCAAGACCCUGACUGAGAUGUACAUCCACUUCUUGGUGGUUCAGGUCAAAGUGAAAAAGGUCAAGUAUGAUGGAGGAGUUGAGACAGAUCCACACUGGAGUCCAGAGAAUUGGACCUACUUCCUGUGGGUAUGA